GGAUUCAUCAGAAAGCAAACGUGUCGAGGAAAAGAAGCCAGUAGUGAGGAGAGAUACGACAGAACAGAGCCCGAAACUGUUCCCAGUUCCUGAGAUUCCAGAAGAGACGACUUCCACUCUUCUCUCUCCUCCCAUCUUCUCUGCUUCUUCUUCUUCUUCUUCUUCUCUCUCUCAAUCUUCCUCUGAUUUCCUUACUCAAGACUCUGCAAACCACUGAAAUGGCGUUCAAGAGAAGCAAGGACCAACAGUUUAUUGCGCAGAUUGAAGAAUAAAGACUAAAUUAUUGAGUCAUUUUAUAUAUAAAAUAAGGAAAAAACAGAAAUGCGUACGCUUUGCGACGUGUGCGAGAGCGCCGCCGCUAUCCUCUUUUGCGCCGCCGACGAAGCCGCUCUUUGCCGCUCUUGUGACGAGAAGGUCCAUUUGUGUAACAAGCUUGCUAGUCGACAUGUACGCGUUGGGCUUGCUGAUCCUAGUGAUGUGCCCCGUUGUGACAUAUGUGAAAAUGCACCUGCUUUCUUUUACUGUGAGAUAGAUGGUAGCUCCCUCUGUCUGCAAUGUGAUAUGAUUGUGCAUGUUGGUGGUAAAAGAACCCAUGGAAGAUAUCUCCUAUUGAGGCAGAGAGUUGAGUUUCCAGGGGAUAAGCCUAGCAAUCUGGAUGAAUUCGGACAACAACCUCUUGAUCAAAAUGAAGUAAGGAAGGACCAAAAUCAGCCACCUAAACUCGUCAUGAGAGACAGUAAGCAAAAUCACAUAGAAUCUCCCAUUCCAGUGAUGGAGAAUAACAGUCAUGGUAAGAUUGAAAAUAAAUUGAUCGAUCUUAAUGCCAGACCUCAGCGGAUACACGGGCAAAAUUCUACUAACCAGGAACAGGGUAUAGAUGUUAUGAGCAGUUCUAAUCAUGAAUCUGCAAGUGUGGUUCCGGUUGGGUCCUUCAAAAGAGAGCAUGAAAAGUAAUUUUGGAUGCCUUAUGACAAGUUGAGUAGAGCGGCCUGCGUUAUACUCUUAUUCGAAUUUCUUUAGGUUAGGUUUUCAUCCCUUGUGCAAAGUUGUUUAGAUAGUGAUAACUGCGUCCUGUAUAUCUAGAGCAAGAUAGCCUGUGUUAUCCAUCUACUGGCUGAACACACCCACUGCCUGCUGGUCCUUGCUUUUAUAUUCAAUAAAGUGGUUGUGUUUCAUUUGAAUUGACAAUUUUUUUUUUU